AUGGACUUUCACAACCCCCUUUUCCAACGCCUCGCCCGGUGGACCCUUUUCUUCCUGCUGAAUCGGCAAAAAAACAUCGCCCUCCGGAAGAUGGCCCACUUCCGCACCCUCACCUUCACCACCGGCCUGGCCUUCGGCACCGUUGCCGGCGCCUACAUUGCCCAGAACUACAACGUUCCCAACGUCCGCGAGUGCUUCAACACCCUGUACGACAUGGUCAUGGACAUCGAGCGCGCCUCUCGCAAGAACGACUGA